GAGGUAAACACUGAAACUAAAAAGUGUAGAAAAAUAAAUUAAUAAAAUCAUCACGGCUCGUAUCGUCAAAAGAUUCCAUAAUACAUACCAUUUGAUUCACAUGUGUGGUGUGCUUGUGUUAUAACCAUUUUACUUACAUGUGGAUAAAUAGUUUCCUUGGCCUUAUUAAUUACCCAAAGGCGUCUCAGAUGCGUUUUGAUACCUUUUUUAAAUGGUCUCACGUAUACGUUGAGUUCCGUUGUCUUCCAACGACUCUCGAGGCCAUUCAAACAUCACGGCUACCUCCUUCUAUUCAUGUAUUUCAUAGUAGAAUGUGACAGACACGGUGCUGCUCCUGCUCCUGCUGCUGCUGCUGCUGCUUACUUACCAGUUUAUAUUUUAUAUUAGAGUAAGAGUGGAUUGGAUGCGGAUAGGACUCUCGUAAAUAUAUAACGAGUACAAGUAACGACUAACAAGUCGUAGUAGUGCAGUGGAAGUUUUUUUUUUUCGACUUUUUAAAACGCAAGAUAUUAUUUUUUCAUUUUGUUUUUGUUUUAAUAUUUCCGCUUAGUGUACAUAAUGUGUAUGUGACGUUCACCAUGUAAUCGUUGGAUGAUUAUAUCUAACAGCAACCAACUCGGCUCAGAUGUUACAUUGCGUGCUGCUAGUUUUUAAUCAAUGCAAGUGGCUGGUAUAAGUACGCUCACUAGGAUUAAUCAUACAUGUUUUUUGUUGUUACUGCUGCUGCUGCUGUUGUUGUUAUUAUUGUUAAUAGAUUAUAGAUGAAAGUGGACGCUGAUGUUGAUGUUUUGUUAAAUCGUGUUUUUUUAGUGAUAAUAUGAGGAAGAUUUAUCAAGAAACGGAAACUUCAACUAUAUUGGCGAGGAAACGAGAGACCGGGCUACCGCUCGCAUUUCCGUGUUUGUCGCGCCAGCGACAUUCAACUUUAUUUAAUAAUAAUGACGAGAUGAUUGCUCAGCUGGCGGUGAUGGGCAGCGGAAGUGGCGGUAGUGCUGGUGGGAGUCGUAUCAGCCGUGGCGGGCUUACUUUGCACAGAUCAAAUUCCAGUUUAGAAUUGCCCCACAGUCCAGAGCGUUCUGGACGUGUGACUGAUGCUCAGCCACUUCGACGGGAGUAUGGAUCCCACGGAAGCAUCGACGUGGUCGCCGGUCAGUGUAACCCACCAGGCGGGAAUUCCUCAGGCGAGCACAUCUUUACGAUGCUUCAAGAUUUCCGGAGCGGGCGAUCUUCUGCGGAUCGUCUGUACCCGCAUCAUCAUCAUCACCACCACCAUCAACUUCAUCAUCACGGAGCUCUAGAUUCAAGUAUUUUUAAUGCGGGCACGUCUACCGAUGAAGUUUGUGGACCGACGUCGGCAUCCAGUCCCAAAGUUAGAUUAAAAAUCAACCGACUUUGGGGCGGUAAAGAGAGCCCGCCUGCUGGAGUCUCCACUCCAGCAACUGUUGUCUCGAGUGAUCUUGAGGAGCGACAUCGCCGGCGAGCGUUUGUGCACUACGACACCCAGUCAUUGACCGCUAAUCUCGGUUACGCGGCCAAGCUCCGCGGGAUACUAUUGGCUAGGCGUAGAAACACGGCCACUGGAGCGUCUGCUGCUAGUACUAUACGAGCACCUACGCCUGACAACGAAUCGCCUGAGGGCAAUGAAGUCGUUGAUGAUCCUGGUGAUGGUAAAAGCAAUGAUUUACUCGAGUCAUGUCCAUUUUUCCGGAAUGAAAUUGGCGGUGAAGGAGAACGCGAAGUCGCCUUGGCUAGAUCGCCCAGUCCUACUGUCGGUGCUCAUCGGCCGUCAUUGUCUUAUGGAGUCUCUGUACUUGAGCCUAUGCCUGGGGAGACACUUUGGAAGCAUACUUGUCCGUUGCGUAAACGACUCUUGCCGAUUGAAAGUGUCGAUGAAGGAGCACGGUAUUACAGAAAAUACUUUUUUGGUAAAGAACAUCAAAAUUGGUUUGGUAUGGAUGAACAACUCGGACCAGUAGCAAUAAGCAUUCGCAAAGACGGAAACCACUACCGCAUUAUUGUUCGUACAUCUGAAUUACUAACUCUCCGCGGGUCAAUACCCGAAGAAGCUUUAGGUUUACGAACUCACCAAGGAUCUCGAAUUCCAACUCGAGAAAUACUAGAGCUCGUAGCUCCGGAAGUACAAUUAGGAUGCCUCAGAUUAGGAACACCCGCAGCGGAAGAAACUCUUGCGAGAUUAGAUGAACAGGGUCUCUCAAACCGUUACAAAGUUGGAGUGCUUUAUUGUCGCGCCGGUCAACGGACCGAGGAAGAAAUGUACAACAACCAGCACGCUGGCCCAGCAUUUCUUGAAUUUUUGGACACAGUUGGUCAGCGAGUUAAGUUACGCGGGUUCGAAGGUUACAAAGCUGGUCUUGAUACUAGAACAGAUUCGACGGGAACUCACGCUGUUGCAGCAACUCACAGAGGAUCUCAGUUAACAUUUCACGUAGUGACAAUGUUACCAUUCACGCCAAAUAAUCGACAACAAUUACUCAGGAAGCGACACAUCGGUAAUGAUAUCGUAACUAUCGUAUUUCAAGAGCCCGGUGCAUUGCCGUUUAGUCCCCGGCGAAUCAGAUCACAGUUUCAGCACGUAUUUAUCAUCAUACGUGCUAUAAAUCCGUGUACAGACAAUACUCAGUACAGUGUUGCUGUGUCACGUAGCAAAGAGGUGCCUAUUUUUGGACCACCCGUGCCUCCAGGUGCAACCUUUAACAAGGGAAAAUCAUUCGCUGAUUUUAUUUUAGCCAAGGUGAUAAAUGCCGAGAAUGCAGCUCACAGGUCAGAAAAAUUUUCUACAAUGGCUACCAGGACCCGUCAAGAGUAUCUAAAAGAUCUAGCCGUUAAUUAUUUAACCACCACAAUCAUCGACACUGGACAGAAAUUUUCUAUGCUGUCAUUUAGCAGCAAGAAAAAAGCACCAAUAAGACCAAGAUUGGCCUGUGAUGCCUCCCAACGUGGUGCAAUUUGUUGGCAAGUUAUUUUAGAAGAGAGCAAUCAAAGCACCGACUGUUAUUUGGGAAUCUCCGUAGACACAAUCGUGUUAAUUGAAGAACAUUCACGGCAAACUGUAUUCGUGUCACCCUGCGUUAAUGUAUUGGGCUGGCACGCCCAGACCAACAGUUUAAGGCUGUAUUAUCACCAAGGCGAGUGCAUAAGUAUUCACGUACGUCCAGAUUAUUCGGAGAGAGACGAAAUAAUGGAGAUAGUAGCACGGCUACGAGCUGUAACUCAGGGCUCGCCAGCAUCUGAGUUGUCACUUAAACGGAACUCGUUAGGGCAACUGGGUUUUCACGUUCAGCCGGACGGUGUCGUCACUCAGGUCGAGCCGAUGGGUUUGUCUUGGCAAGCGGGUUUGAGACAAGGCUCGAGGCUCGUUGAAAUUUGCAAGGUCGCUGUCUCGACCUUGAGUCACGAUCAAAUGGUCGAUCUACUUAAAACCAGUGCCCAAGUAACGGUGACCGUUAUACCGCCGACUAAUGACGGGCAGCCACGUCGCGGCUGUUCGCUCCAAACGUGUCAGUAUUUAUCAGCUAAUUAUGAAACCGACUACGAGAAUAUCAACUCCGAAAAUGUUCCGAGCCAACAAGCUGCUCAAACCAAAAGUUACGAGCGAUCUACCAGUCCGCCGAGAUCCAGCAAUAGCUCUGGUUACGGUACUGGUUCUAGUUCGCGGUCUUUCAACGAUCCAAGGUUUAUACAAGACUCUACAAUGUCGUCUAAUAAUAGUAAUAUUAAUAAUAACAACACCAAUAAUAAUAAUAAUAAUAAUAAUAAUAAUAAUAAUAAUAAUAUUAAUAAUAAUAGCAGUAAUAAUGCGAAUUCUAGUACUAGUGUCAUUGCCAGUACAGUUAAUAACGCUGCUGGAGCUUUUGUUAAUACCAGCAAUCAUACCGAUGAAAGAUGGUACGAUUUGUUCGAGGCUCCUGAACAAGAUGCAAGUCAUCGCAUUGACGGGGCUCCACCACCACCUUUACCUGCUAGGUUAAAAGAACGUGAGUCUCAUGGUAAAUCAACAACCGAUCAGUUAAAGCAUGAUUACUAUUCUAAAGAACCGAAUUAUGUUUCACCGCGUGUCAUUCAUGAAAGUAAUUAUCAACGACUUGAUGAAGCUAAUCGCAGUCAUAAUAACAAUAAUAAUAGUAGUAGUAGUAGUAGUAGUAGUAGUAGUAGUAGUAAUAAUAAUAAUAAUAAUAAUAAUAAUAAUAAUCAAGAUGAUCCAGCAGCUAAUUACGCAAGAAUACAAAAAGAUCAUUACAGGUACGGAUCAAACCAUGCCCAUCAUAAAUUAUCUCCUUCAACUUCAUUAGCUCAAAAUCAUCAAAACUCUGGUUACAGUUCGAAAUCAAUGGUCCAGAGCAAUGGGAUUCGUUACAGUGAACAAGCCACUACUAAUGAUAAUGAGCUGAGCGCUCACAGUGCUUACGACAAUGAAACAAGUCGUGUGUUAAGGAAGCCAAAGAAUGAUUAUGAAAUUAGAGCAACUGGUAAAAAUGAUAAUUAUGAAGAAUCUCGGGCUGUUGAUAAUUCUAAUGAUUCUAACUGUAAAUAUCGAGAAAGAUCAGUUGGGUAUGAAUUUAAUGGUAAUGAUUAUGAAAGAAAAAAUAAUCACGAUGUUAUUAUCAGUACACCAGAUGUCAAUCGUGUUAAAGCAUUGGGGCUAAAUUAUGAAGUUAAUUUAUCUCGCGAUGACAGUAUUAAUACUUCAAGUACAAUAGCGUCGGGAGGAACAGUACGUGAGCCAACUCAUGAAUUUAUAAUUGGAGAAAAGGUAACUUGUCUAAAGAGUAAUUUACCUGAACGUGCUUUAUCCCGUAAAUUAGCCCACGAGUAUAUGAGGAAAGAUUAUACGUCCUCGAGUUUGCCGCCUGAGGUGAGAAUAUUUGAUGGAAAUAAUCCACCAGCAAUAAUAACAGCUUCGGACAUACCAACAGUGCCAAGUGAGGAUGAAUUAACAUUGAAUGCAUGCGAAAAUUCUUCUGCGGUAAGAAGAACUGGUAAACAUCGUCCAGGAAGCGGCGGUAGUGGUAGUAGUGUACCACAUAAUUCUAAUGCCGCUGCUGCUGUUACUGCUGCUGCUGCUGCUGCUGCAAAUUCCAGCCCACGGAAUCAAUCGCCGCGGCCUAAAUCUAUUGUUAGAAAUCAACUGAGAAAUUCUGCUAAUUUAACUUCUAGUACGCUACAAGAAGAUCUUAUGAAAUUAAUAAAUCCAGAUUAUAUUGCUGAUGAUAAUACAAUGCCUUGCAAUGCUUUAAAUAACAAUGGUAAUAUUGUCAAUGAUGAUAAUUACUCUGACAAUGGUAAUAAUAGUGAGAAUUAUAAAAUUAAUUUAGUUGAUAAAAGUAAUGAUGUUAAUAAAGUUAUUGGUAAUAAUAUAAGUAAUAAUAAUAAUUGUAAUAAUGAAUUAGAAAUACAGAAUAAAUGUAGAUCUAGAGAAAAUUUAUGCGGUACUUCUACGACGACACUAAGUGUAUUAGCCUCAACAAAUAUAAGACAAGAUAAUAAUUCAAAUCCAAAUGUUAAUGCGGCUUCAGAAGUUAUUUUAACGAAAGCAAGACCCGCUACGGUUAUUUCAAACAGUAAUAACUCCAGUCCAGCACCGAGUGAAAAUAAAAUGACCAAGGAAGAGAGACUCUCACCUAGAGUUACUAAAACACACGUGCCUUUGAAAACAAUAAAUAAUUUAGCUGUGAGGGAUGGUAAGAAUAGUAUUAAUGAUGCUGAUGAAGGUAAUGACUUGUGGACUAAUAGUCAUGAUAAUCAGAGGUUCAAGCAGCACAAUCAAGAAUGGAGUGAUGAGAAAAUUUAUGAGUCUACUAGCAGUGUUACCAGCGCUGCUAAUAAUUCGGUCACUGAUUUACAGGGUCAUCUGUCGAGUUUAGAAUUAAGAGUUGCUCGGGAAACUAGAAGACGACUGUCGCUUGAAGAUGAAGUCAGGAGAUUGAGAGAUGAAAAUCGGAGAUUACAGGAUGAGAAUCACGCUGCUGCGCAACAAUUAAGACGAUUUACUGAAUGGUUUUUCCAAACUAUUGAUCAUCAAUAAUACGUAAUUAUGUAUUGAAUUAAAAUUUUUUUU